GAGAGAGAGAGAGAGAGGUGGUGGGUGGAGCCCGACGCGGCUUCUUGGGCAAGGAAGUGGCCGCGGCCCUUGCCCAAGGGGGGAACCGGGGCUGGAUCCGUCCCGCUCAUGGCGGCCACGUCGCUUGCGCGCUGCUGCACCAGCGGCAGGGCGAUCCCCUGCAAGCCCCCGGGGCAGCGGGGCAAGAGGCCGCUGAGCUACGGCCCGGCGGACGGGGAACGAGGUCUCCCCGACGGCGGCGGUUGCUCCGCGGCCCAGCGCUCCGGGGAAGCGGGCACCUGCGAGGGCAUGGAAGGGUUAACCGAAGCGGAGAAGAGGGUGGUGGCUCUCCACGAGGAGGCAUGCGCGGCUGGGAAGCAUAACUACAUAGAUCCAGUCACUGGCUACCUAGUGUUCACCAAAGUGGCCCAUUUGCAGAGAGGACACUGCUGUGGUACUUCCUGCAGACACUGUCCAUAUGGUCAGAUGAAUGUUAAAGAUCCUUCCAAAAAGAAGCGGUUCAAUUCCUUUUUCUACGCUUGACGAUCGAAGCCUUUUGCAUCAUACCAUGAAGGGGAGAGGGAGUCAGCCAUCACACCCAUUUCUUCCUUCUUUUCUGCCCCCUACAGCUUCCAUAUUUUGCAUAAUGCCGUUCCUUUGACCUCUGCUGUUCUGCAUCCUGAAUAUUUUCCAAUUGCAAUAAAAUAAAAACCCCA